AUGAACGGCCUUGCGAUCUCGUCUUUUAUUGCAGACCUGCCUAAGGUAGAGCUGCAUGUACAUAUCGAAGGGACGCUCACACCAGCUCUGCGUUGGAAGCUAGCCCAUCGCAACAAUAUUCGAUUACCCUACUCCACAUUCGAUGAUCUUAAAGCGUCCUAUGCUGUGACUUUCAACCACCGGCCGGAGCUGAAUGGUCGCCAGCCGGGCAUCCCAACCUUUCUAGAGGCGUAUUUCGCCGGGUGUGAAGUGCUCUGCACAGAAGCUGACUUCUAUGACCUGGCAAUGGCAUACCUCCGCCGCUGUGCAGAAAUGAAUGUGCGUUAUACCGAGCCCUUCUUCGACAUCCAGGCCCACACGCGUCGCGGAAUCUCCGCAGACACAGUUCUAGAUGGCUACCUGCGAGCACAGCAUGAUGGUGCGAAGCAGUUCGGCGUCCGCUCUCGGUGGAUCAUGUGUUUCCUUCGGGACGAGCCCGUAGAGAAAGGACUGGCUGCCUAUGCCGAAGCACGUCCAUGGGCAGCUGGGACUGUCAAGGGGGGCAAGGGGCUUUUUCAUGCAGUAGGGCUUGCAAGCAAUGCUUAUGAGAGACCGCCCAUGCUUUUCGAGCCAGGGUAUGCGCUUGCUCGAGCUGACGGGCUGCAUGUCACGAUGCACUGUGAUUUCGGGCAGAAGGACACGCACGCCCACAUGGCGGAGGCAAUUUUCCAAGUAUGCGAAGGGCGUGGAUCAGAUCGUAUUGACCAUGGACUGGAUGCUGAGGACAGAGAAGAGUUGUGGCGGGGACUUGUGGAUAGGAAGAUUGGCUUGACGCUGUGCCCUCAUGCGUAUCACCGCCGAACAGCGACAGAUGUGUUGUUCCCGAAGAUUAAAAGAUUAUUAGAUACGGGAGUGAAGCUGUGCAUCAACAGUGAUGAUCCCACUUUAAUGCAUGAUGUCUGGAUUGAUGGAAACAUGCAGAAGGUAUAUACAUACUGCGAGUUCACUAAAGAACAAAUGGUUCAAUUGGCAAGGAAUGCUGUUGACAUGUGUUGGGCGGAGGAGGAUGUGAAAAAAGCUAUAUACGAUGAGCUAGAUGGAGUUGAUACCAGCCGGUAA